AUGCCGCCCAACCAAAGCAAGCCGUGGCCUUGGUCUCGUCGGAAAGUGAUCUGGGACCCUCCCACCGCCUUCGACCUGUUCCUCGACUCCCCUUUACGAGCUCUCAUCCAUUUCAUCUACGCCAUCUUCCUCGGCCUUCGUGGCGCACCAUUCAAACCUCCUCGAAACAAGCCCAAGGUCAAGGUUGUCUGCAUCUCUGACACACAUACCAAUACCCUCUCUGUGCCCAAUGGCGACGUGUUGAUUCAUGCCGGAGACUUGACGAAUAAUGGUACUGUUGAGGAGAUACAAAAGCAGAUCGACUGGCUCGCCUCUCUUCCUCACCGCGAGAAGAUCGUUAUUGCAGGUAACCACGACAGCUACUUUGAUCCCAAGUCCCGGUUUCCACAAGAUAAUGGCAAGAAAUUGAACCUCAGGACUCUGCAUUACCUCGAGAACAAGGCUAUCACGUUGAAAUUCAAAGGUGGUCGGAAGUUGAAUUUCUAUGGCGCUCCUGCUAUUCCGAAGUGUGGAGGGUCUAACUUUGCGUUCCAGUAUGAGCGGACAGAGGCACCAUGGCAGAACCGCAUUCCACUCGAAACCGACGUCUUGAUCACCCAUACUCCUCCUCGAUACCAUUUGGAUAUCAAUCUCGGCUGCGCAGCUCUGCUCGAAGAGAUAUGGCUUGUCAAAUCCCGGCUUCACGUCUUUGGACACAUUCAUUCUGGUCACGGCCGCGAAGCAGUAUUUUGGGAUGAAGGCCAGCGUGCAUAUGAGAGACUUAUGAACAGGAAGAGGGGAGGCAUCCUAUUGGAUAUCCUUCCUAGCAUGGCUUGGAUCGAUGCGAUGAAAGUACUUUGGCAUGGCAUAAAAGGAAUCCUUUGGCAACGACUGAUGGUCGGUCCCGCCGGUGGAAAUGGUGGGAUGAUGAUCAAUGCCGCAGUGGUCUACCAGAGUACCACUGAGGUGGGCAAUCCUGUGGAGGUGAUCGAACUAUGA